UAGCAGAAGAAAAUAAAGGUAAUUUUUGAAAAGGCAACAAUAUUGUUUCCAAAGCUGUCAGAUAAACUAGUGACCUGUAGCCAUACGAGUUAACUCUGCUCCGAUAGAAGUGAUUUAUAUUCACAGUUUAAUGAUUAAACAUUACAGCGAGCAGUCGUCAGUGUUACUGCAAACAAAAAGCUACUGACAUCCAAGAUGACAUCGAAGAAAGUGGUCGAGUUGUUCUACGACGUGGUUUCUCCGUACUCUUGGCUUGGCUUCGAGGUCAUGUGCCGCUACAGAAACGUGUGGAAUAUAGAGCUCAAACUGCGACCUGCGUUUCUGGGAGGCAUCAUGCAAGGAUCAGGCAACAAGCCCCCCGGUCUGGUUCCAAACAAAUUCCUGUACAUGACCGAGGACCUGAAGCGUUUAGCGGAGUAUUUUUCAGUUCCAAUGCAGACUCCAUCGGACCCCUUUGAAGCCAUGUUCAAGAAAGGCUCCUUGUCUGCAAUGAGAUUUGUGGCAGCAGUACAAGAGAGGGAGAAGGGUGGAGACAAGCAGGUGGAGCAGGUGUCUCGGGAGCUGUGGAGAAGGAUCUGGAGUGAGGACAAAGACAUCACGGAACCUGCAUCAUUGUCUGAGGCAGCAAUGAAAGCAGGACUGUCUGAGAGCGAGAUUACAGAAGUGCUGAAGCUGUCCACCUCAAAGGAGGUCAAAGACAAGCUGAAAAGCACAACACAGGAUGCACUUGAGUAUGGGGCGUUUGGCUUCCCCCUGCUGGUGUGUCAUGUAAAUGGAAAACCAGAGAUGUUUUUUGGAUCUGACAGAUUUGAGCUCAUGGCGCACUGCAUUGGAGAGAAGUGGCUGGGACCUCAGCCUGGCAAAUCAGCUGCCAAACUGUGAGAGUAAAAGCUGCCUUCAGACACUGUCGAUGUGCUCACACGCUUUUGAAUUAGCAUCCCAUUUUGGUGAUUUUCUCUAAUUCUUCAAAUUUUAUAUUUUCUUUGCUGUGCCCUCUAAAACCAAGGAGUCCAAUAAACCUUAAUAACAAAUAGUGGUGUAAAUAAUGUAACAUACAUUGUAAUAUUAAUUAUGUGCCUAUUAAAACCAACAUUGACAACUUACAGAUAAUAAGCUCGUUAUCUUUUCUAUUGAAAUACAAAGACAUGAAAAUGAUAUAAUUGUUGGUUCAUCACUUUCACUCCAGAUUGAAAUGUCUCAAAAACUACAACAUUCAGUGACAUUCAUGGUCCCAGCAUGAUGAAUCUUAAUGAUUUUGGUGAUCCCAUCACUCUUCCUCUCUAGGGCCUCUGUGAGGUCACAUUGCAAAAAAUCAGACCUGUGUAUGAUGUGGACCAUAUAUAAAAAGUUGCCUGAAUCAGAAUCGAAGAUAAGAUCGGAUUCUUGUGAUUUGUGCUGUUCAGAUCAGAUCUGAGUCACAUAGGAGUAAAAAAACUCACUUUGUUCUGCCGUCUUAACGCAGCCUAAGAUUUCAUUUGGUGUGUGACAGUUCAUGUGUUCUUUAUAUUGUUCUUUAAAUGUAAGGACUAAAUUUUUUUAUUCGCAGUUAUUUUGUCAUUGUUAGUUAGAUCAAGCAAUUAUUUGUGAACCACUGAAAUGAAUACUUAAUUAAAAUUACUUUAAUGUUAAA